UUGACUUCCAUGGUGACGAAUGCGAAACGGACGGCGCUCUUUUUAAACCGCGGAAACACCGGAAUCUUCACGAUUCUCUCGACUCUUUGGGGAGUUCAUAUCGCUUCACGAACAAAAGCUGGCACUAGUUAUCGACCUGGUUAAGACGGACGUUUAAACAGGAUGGUUUACGGUGCUAGCUAACAUUAGCCACCAGACUGGAAAAGGCUUUUCUAACAAGCCAUGAACAGCAGCGCGGAGAGGAAAUUCGUAAAUUUACGAAAACGUCUGGACCAGCUGGGCUACCGACAGCCGCUCGGGAUCGAGUCCCUGCCUCUGGUGGAUAAACUGUUCAGUGAUCUGGUCCACACCACCGAGAGCUUACGCAAUGCCAAACUCACAGCUGGAAAGACCCAGAAGGAGAGCAGGAACGUGGACGCCCUGCUGGAGCCCUACAGAGCGGAGAACGCCCGGCUGGUCAGAGAGAACAACGAGCUGCACCUUGACCUCCUCAAACUGAGGGAGGAGAAGGAUCGAGUCACCAGAGAGCUCAAAGCUCACAUCAGGAGACUGGAUCAUGAAACAUCUGAUCUGAAGUUUUUAAACAACCAGUACGUGCACAAGGUUCGGUGUUUGGAGAAGGAUGGGAAGGCCAAAGCGGAUCGCAUCCAGCAGCUUCAGGAGAAGAACUUGCAGGCUGUUGUACAGACACCAGGAGGGAAGAAGCGAAGCAUCCCUUUCAGACGACAGAGAAUGCAGAUCGAUGAGCUCCUGCCUUCCUCUGCUAGAUCAGUGUAUCCUGUUGUGCAGCCGGAUGAUCCGUACAUAGCCGAUCUACUUCAGCUAGCAGAUGGAAGAAUUCACGAACUUCAAGAAGACAUCGUCAAGCUCAAGCUAGAUGUGGAAAAUGCUCAGGAUUGCAUAAAACACCUGAACACUCAGGUGGAGGAGAGGGACAGAGAGAUCAACCGACUGAAUAACGUGCUUCACGGGGGACGUCCACACGACGUCAUUUCACUGGAAGCUCAGAACAUCAGCAAUGAGAAGCUGAUCGCUCACCUCAACCUUCAGAUUGAGUACUUACAGGAGAGCAACCGAAGUCUGGAAGAAAAAAUGGAGGGCCUGCAGAAGAAAAAGAAGGACGUCUCCACAGAAAUGGCGAGCUUGUCCUUAAAGAACCUGGAGUUAUGCGAGGAGCUGACACACAUAGACGACCUGGCAAAGCGUCUGGAGAUGGACAAGGAACGGGUUCUGGAAACUGCUGACAUGGAGCUUCUGGAAGCUAAAAAGGAAAUCCAAAGGCAGCAGAAGACCAUCGAGGACUUGGAGGAAAUCAUUACAAAGACGAGAAGGGAGCAGUCCGAAGGUGAAUUUGAAAGAGGUCGUCUCCAAGAUGAGCUGGUGGAGGUGAAAGGUCAGAAGGAGAAGAUGGAGGGGCUGGUGAACUUCCUGGAGGGGGAGAAGGGUAGACUGCAGGACAAAGUGGAGAAGAUGAUGGCAGCUGAAAAAGACCUGGUUCUGGAGCUGGAGAAAAUGCGUGCCAAACACGGCGUCUGCGGGAGAGAGCGCUCCCCGUCGAGACUGGACGCUUUUGUCAGGAGUCUAGAGGAGGAGAGGGAUUUCUACCGCAGAGAGGCCGAGAAAUACAAGCAAGCUAGAGGAGGCGGCGGUCCUGCUUUGAGCCCCGGCCGAAGCCCAGACAGAGGCAGUGCUGUGAGGUCCAGAGGGAGUAAGGGAAGUGUUACAGAGGGACAACUGUACCGCGCGCUAAAGGAGAGAGACGAACUGAAGGCAGCGCUGUUGGACUUUGAGAAGCACAUGGAGGACAUUCAGAAGGACGUCAAGGUCCUCAGCAGUGAGAGGGACCACUUCAAAGCCCUGUUUCAACACGCUCAAGAUGACCUCAAGUUGCCCCGUAGUGUGAACGUGUCCACUGAUGUCCUGAAGCUCCAGGAGGAGCUGAGAAAAGCAGAAGUGAAGCUUGAACAGAUGACCACUGAGAGGGACGUGCUGAUGGAGAGGUUAAAGAAUUCAGCUCUCACAGACGAACAAGGAGAAGAGCGGAGGAUUCUGGACCUGCAGAGCACCGUCCAGAAUGUGCAGCUGGAGCAGGAGAGGCUGGACCUGCAGUCACAGCUGAGCAUGCUGAAGGAGAGCGGGAAGGCUGCAGACGACCAGCUGAAGCUACGGUCUGCUGCGCUGUUCCAGAAUGCAGAGGAGGCGUCGCAGCUGAGGGCCGAGGCCAACGCUCUCAGGCUUUUGCAGGAGCAGAUGGAGCAGUCGCUCUCUGACGCCCAACACAGGCUCUCUGUGAAGACCAUGGAGCUGCAGAAGGCCCAUCAGCAGAUUGGAGAAUUUGAGGAGAGACUGGGAGAGCUGAGUCAGCAGAGCUCCAAGCACAGGGAGGAGGUUGCUGGUCUUCAGAGGGCCAUCUCUGCUCUGGACAGAGAGAAGGAUGCUCUGCAAGAUGAUGUGGAUCAGAAAACGGAAAAACUGGUGGCGCUCCAGGAGGAAUUAUCCAAAAAGGAGAAAACCCUGGAAGACGUGAGGCAAACAGUCAAAAACAUGGAUGUCUCAUUAGCCCAGCUGCAGGGCGCCUUAAACAGCCGUGAGAGGGAGAUAAGCAGUCAGAGACGGCAGCUGGACGCCCGUCAGGACGAGCUGGCUGCUCUCAAACGGGACAAAGAGAUCAUAAUCAGAGAGAACAGGAGACUGCAAGAUGAUCUGACCACCAUGACCCGCGAGAACCAAGCCGUACAUGCAGAGAUGGAGGAGGCUCUCCAUGAGAAGGACGAGAUGAAGCUGAGGGUUCACUCAUACAUUUCUGAAGUGUCAAGAAUAGAAAAGCUUAUAGCCUCCAAGGAGCAGGAGAACAGGGAUUUGUUGGAGCGGUUCCGGACGGCCCACUCCGAGGUGGAGGAGCGGGAGCAGAAGCUUCAGCAAGCUGCAGGCCUGAACAACUCCAUCCGGAUGGAGCUCCUGUCCUCCGAUGCCGAGCGCAGACAGCUGAGAGAAACCGUCCGACAACAGGAGGCCGAGAUCCAACAGCACUUCCAGGCACUCCAGGCCUACGAGACCAAAGUGUCCUCUCUGGCUCGCGGGAUGUCCCAGCUGGAGGAGGAGCUCCACAAACAGCAGCAGGAGAAGGCCUCUGCGCUCUCCGACCUGGCCUCCGUCAGGGAGCUCUGCGUCAAACUGGACUCGGGAAAGGAGCUCGCAGCAAGACAACUCACCGCCAAAAGCAUGGAGCUGGAGAGGCUAACAGGAGAACUGGAAGAUGUUCGAUCAGAGGUGGAUCUGCUCAAGAGGCAGCUGGCCAGUGAGCGGCUGAGCGUGCGGAACCUUGAAACUCUGAUCUCCAGCACCCGGCAGAAAGAGUUCCAGUCACACCUGGCUGCCAGUGAGCGGGAGUCUGAGCUGAAGGUCCUGCGGGACAGGCUCACCACGGCCGACAACAAAACUGCAGAGCAUGCCAGGGAGGUGUCCCAGCUCCGAGGGAAAGUGUCUCAGCUGCAGACGGAGAUGGACGUCCUCAAGAGACAAGUGACCACUGAGCGCUUUGAGCGAGAAAGGGCGGUUCAGGAGAUGCGCAGACAGGGUCUGUCCUUCUCCUCCCUGGACAGCUCCUCGCCCCUCAGCGCCUCCAGCGGCGCUCACAGCGCCUCCGAACACUCCAUCCUCCGAACUCUGGAGCGCUCCUCGGAUAAGUCAGCAGACAAGAGUGUCAGCUUCAAGGACUCCAAAGAAAAGGAAAGUGCUGAUAAGUGAGUCGAACACAAACCCUUCCUGAAUGAAGUAGCUUCUACCACUCCGCAGAAUUACUUUACUAUGUUCUCCAAGAAAUCUGAAAAAAGAAAUAAGAUGAACCACUGCUUAAAACAAGAGGAUGUUUUCAACAGAUUCUUCUUCAAAUCCUUUCAUUUCCAGCACCUCUUUCAUGUUACAAAACGUGCAUUAUGUUGCAAAACUCCUCUUUUAUUUGUUUUUUAUAAUUAUGUUAAGUUAUUAACAAAAUAAAGUUGUACAUGACAAAUUCC